AUCUUAAAAUAUCUUUACUUCCUGUUUGUGCUGCAGACUGAGAGUGACUGAAAGCUGGUUUCCUUGUUGCACUUUAUGCAGUCAGACACCUCCAGUGCUGUGUGAUUGCUGCAGCUCUUUGCCGGCUGCCCUUUAUUUGACUUCUCCUGCAUUAUUCCAGCGGAGGGUUAUGGCUGACUGCCCCGCUGCUUUGUGUUCAGGUUCCUCCCCCCCCCCCCAGUCCAGUCCUUCAUGGUGGUGUCUCCGAUUUUUCCUUAGCUCACUUCUGAGGAACUGCCCCCAGGGCAGAGCUCCAGAACCCCUGCAGGGGGGUAGGGCCGCAGGGGGCCAUGCACAGUGACCAGGCCUGGCACUAAUAGGACCCUGAGGGCCUGGAUUGGCAGAAGGCAUGUGUCGUGUUUGUGUGCAUCAUGGGACAAUAAUGCUCUGUCCUGGGCAUGUAUUGAGUUUCGAAAAUGCCUCAUUGGUAAUUGGACGCUUAAACCAUGUACAAAGUGCACGGCUAAUAUUAGAGGACUGUCCCAUCUCUGGCUCAUUAUGGCACACAAACAGGACUGUGUAUUUCUGGGGAUUUCCCCAAAUCACUAACACGUUCACGUCUGCUCCACACAUCCUUCGGCGAAGAUGGGCAGAUUAAUCUGCCAUAAGACAGUUCUGGCUUGGCAAGCACUCAGUGCCUGUUGAGCUAUGAAACGUCACCGCAGCAGCAGGGAUCCCUGGGGCCCGAGGACGGCAGCCAUGUCUGCCUGGCCAGGUUAGGGCCAGGAGGGCAGGCAGAGUCUUCCUUGUUCCCGGCUCCUGCUAAUGGCCCACAUGCACGCAUGCUGUUGACUGGCACUGUAGCCUUCCUGUCUACCUGAGCUGAAUUUUACCUGCACACAGCCUAACGGUGUCACGCCAUUGCGAAAACCGCCUCUGUGCCUUUGGUGUUCUACUUAGCAUGGUUUUGUUUGCUCUUGCUGCCCGGGCCUAAGAUUUAAUUUCCUCCCCAUGUGCACUACUGCCAUUGAACCAUUGUUUAGUUGGCGUUUCCAUGGAUGCAGGCCACUUAAAAAUGCUGUGCAUCCAUUCCCAGCCACGUAAAACCUGCAGGCAAGAAUGGAGGUGAUGUUGUUCAUCUUUGCAGAUCUGUGUCGCACUGUGCAUCACUGAGGUCUGCCUUGGCAGUCUGGUCUCUGGCCGGUGUUGCAGGUGGCUGUGCCGACGUCGUCCUGUGCUGUAACGAACGCCACAGCCUUCUGGAUGGUUCGCUUGCUCUCGGCUCAUGAGGGCCGUCCCUCAUGUCUAUGUGUUCAGCUGUUUCACGUCUGCUGGUAUUGGGGAAGUGAAAGUGGGAGGAACUGGUUUAUUGUGUGUACAGAAGCCUCGCUGUGGUACAUCUCGAGUCACAGCGGGUGUGCGCGUGUGCAUAGCACGACUGACGGUUCUCCGGAGAUUUGGCUGUAUGGAAAUAAGGAAGAUGAACACAAGCAAGCGGUGGACUAAUUGGAAGAUGACGCUCUUGCCAUUGGUGCCCAGCAAAGGGCGGAGUUGAGGGUGAUACUUAUCAGGAUUGGCCGGUCAUGGAUGGAACCAUUAGUCGGGCAGGGGGAGCUCAGCAAGGGUGCAGCCGGCCCAUUUCGGAUCAGGGUGAUUACUGUCCUCCUGCGAGAACCUUUCUCUCCCUCUGCCCUGUCCUUCCUCUGCCGUCUGCAGAAUGUGAAGGAGUCUCUCUCCCUGGCCCAUCUGCGGAUUCCUUCAUCUGUGGAAAUGGACGCGGACGCAAGCCGGAGCCCAGGUCUCAAGCAGCUCACGUGAAGAAGUCAGCGAGAGAGUAGGACGAGGCCCCCCCGCCUGCGUGCUCACCCACCCAUCCCCUUUGGCAGAGCACCAAGCUGGACGCGGCCGAACACCAGAGACAGCUGUCAGGUUUCCCAUUGGACCCAGAGGAGCUCUGCUUGGCGAUGCCUUUGAUUUGCAGGUGUUAGUGGUGUGUGAACUGUAAAUGGGCUGUUUUAAAGAUAAGGACUCCCCCUCCUCCCACCAGCCGAGCAUCACUGGGAUGGAUCCUCCUUUUGGAGAUGCCUUUGAGAGCUAUACUUUUGCUGAUCAGGCACUGACCAGUACAGACCUGCUGGUGAGCGGCUCAGAGCCCGACUUCAUGUAUGAGCUGGACACAGAGAUGACUCGCUGGCAAAGCCCAGGAGCUGACGUCUCCUUAGGUGACAGCAAGGAGAUCGAGAGUGUGGGUCAGUUGGCGGAGAUUCUGGAUGGCGACCCGAACUGCAACUCCAGUUUUGAACAAUGGGACACAUACUGGGAAGACCUGACCAAGUACACCAAGCUCACCAGCUGUGAUAUCUGGGGGACAAAAGAGGUGGACUUCCUUGGCCUGGACGACUUUUCUAGCCCGUACCAGGAUGAGGAGGUGAUUAGCAAAACUCCCACUCUGGCACAGCUAAACAGCGAGGACUCGCAGCCUGUAUGCGACACCCUAUACCACCCUGACUUGUUGCAGAUCCACAAGACACCCAGCCUUCCCCUGGCGGCCAAAGGCAAGAAGGCGGCCAAGGAGUUGGUAGCCUCUGGCCCCUCCUCGGCCAAGAACCUACUCCCGGAUUAUGCGGAGGGCUCCCAGAAAGCCACCUGGCCAGUCCCAUCUUGCACGGAGACUAUGUCCAAGGCCCAGACACAGGUGCCCAAGGCAGUGCCUGUGCCCUCGGAGCACAACAAGGACUAUGUGCGCAAGGCCAAGGUUAGAGUCAACAUGCCAUGUCGGCCCGCCGUCGACUUCAGCCGACCCCAAACUGACCUGAGUCUGAGUCCCACCUUUGUCGAUGGUGGUUUGCCUCCCUCUUCUCCACCGUCCACCCCAGCUACUGCCCCCACUGUUACUGCCGCUGCAGCUGGCACCAUCUUUUCUGCAUCCAGGAUGUCCUCCUGCGCAUCGGGUGGGGAGGUGAAGCUGGAGAAGCCCAGAUUAGAAGUAGACCUCAAGCCCGAAAGCGGUAUUACCCCGCUCUGGGAAAAACAGCCCUCAUUCCCGGCAGAAGGGGGGUCCCAAGCCGUGAUCCCUACCGGCUCUCUGGGGGCCGAGGAUGCACGGGACAAGGGGGAAGAGCACAACUACUCCCUCUUCACACCACCAAGCAAGCCGAGUAGUAAAGAUGAGCUGGAAGAGGGUGGAGCAGAGGAAGAGGAGCUUGAGGACCUCGAAGAGGUAGAGCUGGACGAUGAAGACCACGAUGAGGGCUUUGGCAGUGAGCAUGAGUUCUCUGAGAAUGAGGAGGAAGAGGAAGACUUCGAGGAUGAGAAGGAUGACGAGAUCAGUGACAGCUUCUCAGAGCCAGGCUGUGACCACGAUGCCGCAGACGACGUGAAGGCCCUGACGAGUGGCCUACUCCGGAAGCGAGGCAAGCGGCGUUACUUCUGGGAGUACAGUGAGCAGCUCACGGCCGCCAAGCACGAGCGUGUGCUGAAGCCCUCCGAGUGGGACAGGGACACGCUGCCCAGCAACAUGUACCAGAAGAACGGGCUGCACCCUGGGAAGCAUGCGGUGAAGAAGUCUCGCCGUACGGAUGUGGAGGACCUCACCCCCAAUCCCCGGAAGCUGCUGCAGAUAGGCAGCGAGCUCCACAAGCUCAACAAGGUCAUCAGCGACCUGACGCCUGUCAGUGAGCUUCCGCUGACGGCCCGGCCUCGUUCCCGCAAGGAGAAGAACAAGCUGGCCUCCAGAGCAUGCCGGCUGAAGAAGAAGGCUCAGUACGAGGCCAACAAGGUCAAGCUCUGGGGCCUCAGCACAGAAUACGACCGGCUUCUGUUUGUGAUCAAUGGAAUCAAGGAGGAGAUUGUGAACAGAGUGCAGAGUCUGACAGAGGACAAGGCAUCGAGCAUGACGGACAAACUCAACCGACUCAUCGAGGAAACUCUGGUGAAGUCUCCAGUCGCUGGGCAGACAUCUGACUUCGUCAACCAGAUUCUGGAGAAUACGGCAGCCGGCGACCCCACGGGAGGCUUGGUGGGUCUCCGAGUUCCCACAUCCAAGGUGUAGAGAGGCGAGUGCGUCAAGAGGACCAGGCUCUCACCCUGUAACAGUGUUCUACUCUGCAUGGUGUACUGAUAACAGCAUCUACAUGCCUCGGAUAUAUGUAUCUCUGUGUGUAUAUAUAUACCUACAGGUAUGUCCAUUUAUGUUUUUAAGAUGCACAUGUUGUGCAUGUGUACAUUAAAUGACGUCAUAGGCUGUAGCUCAGUGUUCAGUGUUUCGGCUCAGCGCUUGUCGCUCGUGAACCUUGUCUAGGAUCCACCAUUUGCAGGUCACAGGCCAAUUUACAAGAACUCAUACCCUCCACUGUUAUUUAUUGGAAAAAAAAAAUCUAUCUCAAGUAAAAUUGCACUAUAGGCAUGUCUGACAGAAGGCUGACCGCAAAAGUUGCCUGUCCUGAUCACAAUAGCAGCAGCUGCAGAUAUGAACUGAAGGAAGCCGAGCGCUUACCGUCGAGCUCUACUAGAGGAGCCGUCGAUACAACGUGUCCCUGUCGGCGAGUUUCCAGGCUGUUCCCUGGACAGUGAUGGAGAAGGGGGACACAUUUUAAGGAACGUGAGAGUUUUGGUGAAAGAGGCAACUUAGCAAUGUAAAUGGGACGGAGCUUCGACAUGUGACUCAAAUGCUAACGAUGUUAUUCCUUUUUUAAAAAAAUCUAUUGACAUUCAGUUGCCAUUAGCUUUCAUGUCAUGACAGAGGCAAUGGAGAGAAGUUGUAAAUUCCUGUUUUCGUAAUUACCUUGGUGUGUUUGUCAAGAAAAAAAAGUAAUAUUCAUUGUGCCUUGUAUUUUCAAUGGGGAUAUUUAAAGAGAGCUUGCCUUUUAACAGAAAGAGACUGCUUGGUUACAUGUUGAUGUAUUUUAGCUCUAAAAUGUUCAGAAUGUACAUAGGAACUUGUGAUUAAUGUAGAUAUAUGUAUGCCACAGAGUCAGUGAAUUGUAUCCAGAUGGCUCGACUUUUGGUUUUUGGUACUUGGAUUUAAAAAAAUUAGUAUGAUAAGAGUAAAUAUUUGCACACUAUAUUUUGAGUAUGAUUAUUAUUUUUUGUACCAAAGACGAAUGCAACAAAAAUGGCAAAUAGCCAGUACGCGUAAGGUUUUGCACAGCUUAUAAGAUGCCGAAAUGAAUGUAAGGAGAGGGAAGGGUCAGGGAUCCUCAGUGAACUGUGAAUUUAGCUUGGGUCCAAUUAGCUAGCGAAGGAAGUCCGUUCACACCCUCUGUACAUUUUGUUGUCCUGUGUUGAGUCAGUAUGGAGCUUUCCUGUAGUCAUUGCUGCAGUAUGUGUCCUACUGCUCUCUGUGUCAGAUAUGUAAGAAUAUUAGUCAUUUAACCAUAUGAUUUUAUCAAGCAUGUUUGUAAAUGUCACCGAAAAUAACCAAAAGCUAUAGUAUUUCUAUAUGUCAAAGAAAUAUGUAUUUUAUAUAGAAUACGUGAAGUAUGUAUACAUAGUUACACAGCUGUACGUGUACAUACUUUCAUACAUAUUCAUGUGUAUCUACUUCUAGUUUGGCACUUGAACAUGUAUUAAGCAUGAUAUAUUUCUAAAGGUCUAUCUACUUCAUAUUCAAAGCUAAAGAUUUUUGUACAGGAAGCUUCUAGUUUUUUGUGACGUAAAGUUAUUCCUGCUGAAGUUUCUUUCCUGUUAUAAAUGCUUUCCUGAGUGUUUGCACUGAACAGGAGCCUGGCGCUUCCGUAGCUGUGCUAGUGGUGACAUUUUCAGGUGUUCUGGUCAUUCCUUAAAGGGGUCUCAGUAUCAAGUGCAUCCUGAUAUUACUCCCGCCGCUCUUGGGUCUCUGUGUAUGCAGCUUGAUACAGUCUUUGUUUGGGCCAGACAUCUUCAGCGGCCUCUCUCUGCUUUGUGGCCGGUGUGACAAACAGGCUGAUAAGGACAGAAGAAAGAUUCAUAUAAGGAAAACGUAGUACAUUAUUUAACUAUAAACCUGUAUGAGAUAUAUUGGAGGCAGAUGAGAUUGCGAUCCAACAGUACUGUCUCAAUGUGGGGUUGCUUUUUCUGUGGGGUCAUUGGGAGAGAAGCUGCGUGAAGGCAGCAUCUAACUGCUAUGCGGUGGGGUUACAGAGCCAGCAGUGCUGCGAGACGACCAGGCCCCAGAGCCUGUGGAGUCAGAAUGAGGCCCUGUACCACUCUGCUAAUCUUUGUUAUGGGGGGGGGGCUUUAUAGAAAUCAGAAUAAUAUCCAAAUUGGGAGAGUCUGUGUAUUUCUCAUGGUAAGUGUUGCUGUUAGUCGUGAUGGUCAUUGGUUUGUCUAUAUUGCAGUGUUCAACUUUGUAAAUAAAAAAUAUAAUAAGCUGGCAACUUACCAUGAAAACAUUGACUUUAUGAGGUCUUUCAGAAAUAUUACGUCUGAGAGUGAAAGAAAGCACUUUGAAUAAAAAAAAAAAAAAAGAAAAAUGCAAAUUUUUGUAUAUUCCUUCCACAUGCUGCUAAAUCUGGCCUAGGAGUGCUGCAGGAGGACUGUGAUUCCCACAGGACAAGGAGGUUGUUCAUUCGGUGUCUGGAUGGGCAGUCAGCUGUUUGAUGGGAAGGUCCUGAUGUUCCGAUGACUCUGAUGUCAUUAAUCUUUUGCCUUUAGUAGAGAUUUCCUAUGGAAACCUGAUUCUGCUUAGGGUUUCUUCAGGUUGGUGUACAGUGUAGAAGCAUAUUCUGGAUGCUUAAACAUUUUAUUAUCGUUAUUGUUUUAAUUUGUUUGUAUUUUGCUUUCAAUUUAUUGGGGGAAACUACGGUAGGACGUUCACAGAACCUGCUGCUUUGUGAAUGCUAGGAAGAGUAGAAUAUCUCAGUACUGUAUGUAAAGUCAUUUGGAAAUGGGAAAUCAACCAGAAUACUCGUUCUUUCUGACAAUUCACCCAUUCGCAAAAGUUCAUGUAGACCAGCGUUGCUGCUAUGGUGAGUCCAGGCUCAUAUGAGUGUGGUCUGCGAAGGGGGAACUUGACCACGUGCUUCACAGGAAAGCAGGUCUGUUGGACGUAUAGGCGGCGGUGCUGUAAGGCAGGAGAAAGUUAGGACGAGUCCAAGGGUCCCUGUGUGACAGGGGGUCUAGAAAAUUUGGAAUAUAACUGGAUUGAUCUGGACUGGGGGGCCCAAUGUGAUAUGCCUUCAUGGGACUCAAACUCUCUAGCAAGGCCCCCGCGUGGAGGCAUCUCGAUAACGUGAUGCUGAUCGCCUUGCUUGCCCCAUCGCUGUCACCUUGGCUUUCUAUAAUGUCCUUGUGGGUGAUUGCACUUUGAAGCAGAUCACUGCAAGCUGUGCAGGUUUACAUCUUAACCAGGGGACUCUGUGGCAUUUUAAACCAUCUAUGAAUGGAAACUCAGUGCCAGUAACUUUCCUUUUUGCUCUAUUGAAAAUUUUAAGUAGAGGUAUACAGACACGCAUGUAUAAAUAAAACUGACCUUAGGAGAGGAUGCAGGGGACGUAUUUUUAUGACUUUGGCAUGCUUAGAGUACACAGUUACAUGGUGCCCUACAUGUGAAUACGAUAUCGAUGAUGAUCGGUGCACUAUGCAGAUUUCACUGUCGCAAGUCCGGAUGUUUCUUUACGGUCUUUUUCCGCAAAUACACGACUGACCUACACUUGUUAUACAUGUAGCCAUGGAGCUCAGCAGAUGGCAGGCAGACCUUAGCAGACUCGGCCCACUUCCUCGAGGUGCAUCAGAUGGCCUGGUAGAUAAGAAGGCUUUCACAGAUGCUUGCAGAUGUCUUAAUGUUGCUCGCUGAUGUUGCUCUUUCGAGUUUUUGGUCACUGCUGUAAUUUAAACCUGCUCCACCAUUUCAUGGACCUUAAAUAUGGAUUUUGUCACUAACUAUUUAGUUUCUUUUUGCUGAUGUGUAACAUCCUUGAGAAGUGAGAGGCAGAGCUGACAUGUAAAUAUGUGUACAGGGUUUCUACACAUAGGCAUGUAAAAUCUCUGAAACACCCACUUCUGAACCCAACAGCAUCAUAGUGCCAUAACUGAAAUUUGUUUGUUACUAAUGAAUAUAAUUGAUCUGACACAUUUUUGUGUUUAAAUGUGGUCAGAUUGAACACUAUGAUGUUUGUGGUUUUACAGUAAUUUAAUUAUAAUGAUAAUAGUCAAUCAUAAUAUUUGAGCAAUCAUAACUGCGAAAAUCUAAAUAUCCAUUGUUUUUACAUUGCAAAGCAAGGAAUUCCAGGAUUUUUUUGAUGUAUCUAAAUUUGAGGCCAUAUGUGUUUAUGUUUGUCUUCUGAAAUCAAAAGUGAAAGGAACAUAUUUGCAGUUCCACAGAACAAUGCAUUGCGGUGAAUCUGAUUAAAUUUACAGCCCAUGCUUAUAGAAUAAUAGAAUAUCUGCUCAUUCGGUGCCUUAAUUAUGGUGAUUAUCAUUUACUCUUCAUUUCUUUAAUAUUUCAAAGCCAGAGGAUUUUAUGAAUGAAAAUAACACAUUUUUGGUAACAAUGAUGCUGUCUUGCUUUGUUAACCUGUCUUUUCACAUGGAAAUUGUAUCUGUUAUUCGCAAAUGAACGUUGUUAGUCUGUUUCAGAUGGAAUUUUUGCUUUUUGUUGAGUCUGGAAAAACAAGUUAGUAACUUGCUGACAAUGCUCAGUCACCACGAUGUGACGUGAAACAUUGCUGAAAGUACUGAAAUGAUCACUUUCCUAUUUUAAAACAAACCGCUUUCACGUGGCAGUUAACUUCUUUGUGUCUAGAAAAAUCAUUUGCUAUGUAUUUGUGUUGUAUUUAUGAACUCAGUGUUGUCUAUAAGUUUCUUGAAGAAAAAUGCCUUGCACUUUGUUUUCUGUUUUACUUUUUCGUUUUUUCCUAAUCUUUCCUUGUAAUAUUUUAUUUAAAACCUAAAGCUGAUGUACCUUAGUGAUUCUUAGUACAAUUGUUAGUAAUUCACUUUAAAGUACAGUGCAGAGCCUCGUAGCUAACUUCACCUUUUACAUGAUUGGUUGCAUGUUUUCCAGUUUGUAAGUUAAACCUUUCUUGUAUCGCCAUUCUUGAAUCAGCAGAUCUUUGUGCCUCUUUAAUGGGUACAUUUCGCAGUUCCCCAAAUGUCCCUAUAAUUAAGCUUGCUACAUCUUCCUCAACCAAGUCUUUGAACAGUUACCAAGCAAAAAGAAUUUUACUUAUAUAUAACCAAAACCCUUUCACCUUUUUGGGAAGCUAAAGCCUUUCAAAAUAGCCGUAUUAAAACUUGAGAGGGCUGCAUUUGUGGUUUCUCUGCAGCACACCCGCUCUCAACCAUGACCGUAGCGGGUUUGCAGGAAGGAAGAAAUGUCUGGGAGCGGCAAAGUAGCUGUGCAAAAACGCGAAGGCUAGCGGCAGUGUCCACCUAGGUUUCGAUGCCAUGAGCUGGUCUGCUGCGCGAUGCUGGUGUCGUCCGUCUCGCCACUAUUUGCUCAGGUGUGAGACCCGCUCUCUUUUUUCCGCUUGGCGUCUACGGCAGUAAAUGUUUUAGCGAACGGCAUUUCCUGUCAUCACAGCCGCAUAAUAACAUUUCGAAACAGUCAGUGCAAAGCUGAUCUUUAGAGGUAAGAUUUUGCAGUUGCUCCGUGCAUCUGAGAAGAGAUAAAAUGUCUUCCUCCUGAGAACUUCAUGCCGACACUGCAAUACUUACAAUGUCGUAUGAUCGAAUGAAGAGAACUAGCAUGGGUCUUUACGCAAUUAGUACUAUAUAUCUAUGUAUAAAGUUGUUUUACAAUAAGAAGGCUGUAUUUCAUUGCUAAGUGCUCUAUAAUAGGUCUUCUGGGAAAAAAUAGAAAUCUGCAGACGUCCAUCCUGCUGAAAUAGAGUAAUUUACUUAUUUUCUCUUGUUUAUAAUUGUAGGUCACAUAUAUAGCAGUCCACAUAAUACCUAAAAUGUUCGUGAAUUUAUGUUGUUUCACUGCUGUGCUGAAUUUACUCGUUUGUCACAUUCUCUAAAUGUGUUUCUUUUCUUGUUUUGAGGCACAUUUGAAAAACAAAUCAGCUAAUUGAGUCGUAUGUGUACUGAUGUGAAAAAAACAGCAUUUCUUAAAUGAUUCUGAGGGUCUUUUGCUUUUGCAGUUGUGCCUCUUGUCAUUGUUAUUAUUAUUAUUACAAUUAUUAUUAUUGUGAUUAUUAUUAUCUUACAACAUUGUAUCAGCCAGGAGUUGGUACCCCAGUUGCUUGUAAUAUUGGUAGUUUCAUUCUACUAUAGAUUUUAUUAAAAAAAUGUAAUAAUAAACAUUAGGAACAAGGUGAA